AUGGGUGGUUCACGGAAGCAACGAAUUACUCGUGAAAAACUUAUACUUGACCGAAUCCCAAUGACUUAUAUAGAAUUAUAUCAUGAGCUUUAUAAUAGUCAUCUAAUUGCUCUUAGUAAAUUAGAGUCUCUCAAGCCACCUUAUCCUAAGUGGUAUGAUCUCACAGCUCAUUAUGACUAUCACUAUGGGAUUACCGAUCACUCCAUCAAAAAUUACACCGUCUUGAAAUAUAACGUGCAACAGUUGAUCAAGGAUAGAAUGAUUAGCUUUGAUACAGAAAGGGUGACUGCACUAAAUUACGCACUGAGUUUACAGGGAAUCAAAGGACCUCCAUAUGAAUUCAUCCAUGGAAACAACAAAGCAUCUGUCCAAUUCAGAAAAGAAGCAUUAAACAAACCUAUGGCUGCCUUAACUCACGAUAUAUUUCCCAGGGUGCUGCCUCAGUUUUACUCCUGGACCAACAUAUAUGGGAAGAAUUAUCUUACCUGGGAAGGAACUCAAGCUCAACUGGUAAUUUCAGAACCAGAACUAGUCAAAAAGGUUCUGAAAAAUAUCGAAGGAUCUUUUCCGAAAAAGAAGGCUGAAGGCUUUAUCUAUAAGUUACUUGGGGACGGGCUUCUGACAACCGAAGGUGAAAAAUGGGCCAGGCAAAGGAAGUUGGCAAAUCAUGCUUUUCAUGGGGAGAGCUUAAAAAGCAUGAAUCCAGCAAUAAUUGCUGCCGUUGAGACAAUGCUAGAGAAGUGGAAAGGCCAAGAAGGGAAAGAGAUCGAAGUGUUUGAACAAUUCAGGUUACUGACUUCAGAAGUUAUAUCUAGAACAGCUUUUGGUAGCUGUUACUUGGAAGGGGAGAAGAUUUUUCAAAUGUUGACUAAAUUAUCAAUACUUGCUACCAGAAAUCUCUAUAAAUCUCGGAUUCCUGGCAUCAGCAAGAUUCGGAAAACUACUGAUGAAAUAGAAUCAGAAAAGCUUGCUAAAGGAAUACAUGAAUGUGUGAUGGAAAUGAUUAAGAAAAGGGAAGAGAAAAUAGUGACUGGAGAAGCUGACAGUUUCGGCAAUGAUUUUCUAGGAUUACUUGUAAAUGCUUUUCAUGAUUCGGAUGACAAAAACAGGCUCUCCGUAGAAGACUUGGUAGAUGAGUGCAAAACAUUCUACUUUGUUGGACAAGAAAUGACUAAGUCCUUGCUCACAUGGACAGUCCUGCUUUUAUCAAUCCAUUCAGAUUGGCAAGAGAAAGCAAGACGAGAGGUGAUCGAGGUAUUCGGUGACAAAAAUCCUCAUUCUGAAGGCAUUUCCAAACUAAAAACUAUGAACUUGAUCAUCUAUGAAACCCUGAGAUUGUAUCCUCCUGUAUUUGCCAUAUCUAGAAAGGUUGCAAGAGAUGUUCAAUUGGGAAAGCUCAUUAUUCCUGUUAAUAUGGAGAUUAUGAUCCCGAUCAUAGCACUUCACCAUGACCCUCAACUAUGGGGUGAUGAUGUGAAUCUUUUCAAACCAGAGAGAUUCGCUGAAGGUAUUGCCAAAGCUACCAAAUACAAUACGGCUGCAUUCAGUCCCUUCUCAUUGGGACCUCGAUCUUGCGUGGGUAUGGGCUUUGCAACCACAGAAACAAAGAUUGCUCUCUCAAUGAUCCUACAACGCUACACUAUUACUCUCUCCCCAGCCUAUAUUCAUGCGCCAUUUCCUCAAUUUAUGCUUCAGCCACAACAUGGACUUCAAGUAAUGCUUCAUUCUUUACAGAGGAACCGGGUAACUGGUGGAUUUGUCGACUACUGUAUCCAGAAUGCCAGUUGCAUGGCAAUUGCAUACGCACUGAGUUUACAGGGAAUCAAAGGACCUCCAUAUGAAUUCAUCCAUGGAAACAACAAAGCAUCUGUCCAAUUCAGAAAAGAAGCAUUAAACAAACCUAUGGCUGCCUUAACUCACGAUAUAUUUCCCAGGGUGCUGCCUCAGUUUUACUCCUGGACCAACAUAUAUGGGAAGAAUUAUCUUACCUGGGAAGGAACUCAAGCUCAACUGGUAAUUUCAGAACCAGAACUAGUCAAAAAGGUUCUGAAAAAUAUCGAAGGAUCUUUUCCGAAAAAGAAGGCUGAAGGCUUUAUCUAUAAGUUACUUGGGGACGGGCUUCUGACAACCGAAGGUGAAAAAUGGGCCAGGCAAAGGAAGUUGGCAAAUCAUGCUUUUCAUGGGGAGAGCUUAAAAAGCAUGAAUCCAGCAAUAAUUGCUGCCGUUGAGACAAUGCUAGAGAAGUGGAAAGGCCAAGAAGGGAAAGAGAUCGAAGUGUUUGAACAAUUCAGGUUACUGACUUCAGAAGUUAUAUCUAGAACAGCUUUUGGUAGCUGUUACUUGGAAGGGGAGAAGAUUUUUCAAAUGUUGACUAAAUUAUCAAUACUUGCUACCAGAAAUCUUUAUAAAUCUCGGAUUCCUGGCAUCAGCAAGAUUCGGAAAACUACUGAUGAAAUAGAAUCAGAAAAGCUUGCUAAAGGAAUACAUGAAUGUGUGAUGGAAAUGAUUAAGAAAAGGGAAGAGAAAAUAGUGACUGGAGAAGCUGACAGUUUCGGCAAUGAUUUUCUAGGAUUACUUGUAAGUGCUUUUCAUGAUUCGGAUGACAAAAACAGGCUCUCCGUAGAAGACUUGGUAGAUGAGUGCAAAACAUUCUACUUUGUUGGACAAGAAAUGACUAAGUCCUUGCUCACAUGGACAGUCCUGCUUUUAUCAAUCCAUUCAGAUUGGCAAGAGAAAGCAAGACGAGAGGUGAUCGAGGUAUUCGGUGACAAAAAUCCUCAUUCUGAAGGCAUUUCCAAACUAAAAACUAUGAACUUGAUCAUCUAUGAAACCCUGAGAUUGUAUCCUCCUGUAUUUGCCAUAUCUAGAAAGGUUGCAAGAGAUGUUCAAUUGGGAAAGCUCAUUAUUCCUGUUAAUAUGGAGAUUAUGAUCCCGAUCAUAGCACUUCACCAUGACCCUCAACUAUGGGGUGAUGAUGUGCAUCUUUUCAAACCAGAGAGAUUCGCUGAAGGUAUUGCCAAAGCUACCAAAUACAAUACGGCUGCAUUCAGUCCCUUCUCAUUGGGACCUCGAUCUUGCGUGGGUAUGGGCUUUGCAACCACAGAAACAAAGAUUGCUCUCUCAAUGAUCCUACAACGCUACACUAUUACUCUCUCCCCAGCCUAUAUUCAUGCGCCAUUUUCUCAAUUUAUGCUUCAGCCAGAACAUGGACUUCAAGUAAUGCUUCAUUCUUUACAGAGUGAUGCGUAA